AUGCUACAACAGCCAGAGCUCAUCUUUGACUUUGCCAGUGAUCAUGUGAACAUGACACAGCUGAUGGCUUACUCUGAUUACCCGGCGGUGAUGGUUCCUCAUCCACACCUGUCCUUCGGCUUGGCCUGUGAACUGUCCAACAAAGACGACCAUCAACCACUACUUAAAGUGGAGCCAUGUGAAAGUGGAGAUGAGGACACCAUGGAAACACUUGUUGCUGCUGACUCUCUUCUCAACUUGGACUGUGCAGACACACUGUCUCUGGAGGACCAUUACUCUCAGGCCUUUUUGCCAUCACUGAGUGACAUCAUCACUGCUCCAGUUACCCAGGUGACGGUGUCAGCAGAGGGCAUUAUGGGAGCUGUCGAACAGACUCUGUGGCACACUGCGCACCAUGAGCAGUCUGCUCCACGCCAGUCCAAGAAGAGAGGAAAGAAAUACAGGAGUCAUAGAGCUGAAUCUCCCACACCUGAAAUUACUGUAAAGAAAGACAGAUAUAAUAAAGGGGGAAACACGUUAUACCUGUGGCAGUUCCUGAUGGAGUUGCUGCAAGACAGACAAGUCUGCCCACGCUACAUCAAAUGGACCGAUCACCGCCAAGGGAUUUUCAAAUUGGUCAAUUCAAAAGCUGUAGCCAGACUCUGGGGCAAACACAAAAACAAACCUGACAUGAAUUAUGAGACAAUGGGCCGAGCACUAAGGUACUACUACCAGAGAGGCAUCCUAAACAAGGUGGAGGGCCAACGUUUGGUCUACCAAUUUACGUCACUGCCCAAAGAUAUGAUUUAUAUCACUGAUGGGGAAGGUUCCAAAGAAGAAGAUUAUGAAAACAGCUCUGAUGAAGAAGAGAGCGAUGAUUCUGACGACAGCACAAUAUCCUCUUGUGACCAAUCAUUUGAACAGGAAACGUUUUCCGUACCUUUGCAGAAGAAAACAUCUUUACGGCCCCUAACAAGGACCAGGACCACCCCAAAGGCUGCAGCCCAGCGUGAGACAGUCUUGAGGUCUACCAAGAAUAGCCUUAUCCAGGAGCAGCAUCUGCCCAUUGUCUCCGCUGAGAUGCUGCGGACCCUCCAGAAUCUGCAGAAAGUCCAGUCUCUGCAGCCGUCCGGCCACGGCUCUGUCUUCAAAACCGCUCAGCUGCUGGGAAGCUUGUGUGAACGGCAAGCAGCCGCUGAACUGGAAGAGGACAGAAAACCUGUUCUCAACAACAGUGAGAAGAAGUCUCACUAUGGCAAAACCACAGUGGAAACGGUGUAG